AUGUUGAAUAGACAUCGUUCCAGUGUGAACUUGCUACCGCACGAUGUUGUAGAGCUCAUACUAGAGAGACUUCCUGUGAAGUCUCUGGUAAGAUUCAGGUCUGUAUCCAAGACGUGGAAACUCACAAUCGAGACGCGACGUUUCCAGGAAAGACAGUUGAUCCAUCGUAGGCAAUUACGAGGUCCAGAUAUCCUUUUCGUGCACAUUGGUGAUGAUGGUCUGAAGACAGAUGCUGGAAGACUUGUGUUUGGCUCAUCAGUAGUUCAUACGUUCAGUUUCCCUACUUGUUGCAUGUCAGUCUGCCAUGGUAGUUGUGACGGUCUAGUAUGUCUCUACACUGUCUACGACUCGAGUGUCAGUGUCAUGGUAGUGAAUCCCGCCACUAGGUGGCAUCAAAGCCUACCUCUUGCCAGAAUUCAACAGCUCUUUGUCGACAAGAUUUCAGAAGGAACGUUUGGCUCCCCAUGUCCUAUUCUUGGAUUUGGUAAAGACAAAGUCAAGGGCACAUACAAGCCGGUUUUUUUAUAUAAUUCAUCAGGAUUUGGCCUAAACAACAUUACCACUUGUGAAGUUUUCGAUUUUAGCACUAACCUUUGGAGGUACGUUGAACCUGCUGCUCCUUAUCGUAUUAUUGUUGACCAUGAUCCUGUGUACUUAGAUGGGUCACUUUACUGGUUUACGGAGUGUAAAGAAACCAAAGUAUUAUCUUUGGAUCUUCACACGGAAACUUUCCAAGUCAUCUGUAAAGCUCCCUUUGCCUGUGUACAUUAUGAUCCUCACAGCGUCAGCAUGUGCAUCCUAGAUAACUGCUUGUGUGUAUCCGAGAGUAACUGGCCCACCCAAGAUAUAUGGUUGUUGGAUUCUUCGGGCGGCAAGAAAAUGUGUUCCAUAGAUCUCACCAAUACUCUUGAUUGGUCCGGGAAAUACGCACUCUUAGCAAUAGCAAUUUUGGAGAAUAAUAAGUUAUUACUUCGUGCUCGUGGAUACAUGCAACCACUGGUGAUACAUGAUAUCCAUACCAAAUCUUAUGAGUUACUCUUCAAACCUAACGGGUGUGUAGGUUCGGUUUGUUAUUUCCAAAGUUUAUUUUCUGCUUCAUCAAACUAGUUGGCUCUUUCUUUUUCUUUCUAUCGAUGAACCAUUGUAAUUUAGCAUCUUCUGCAAUUUAAUAUGACCUUUCUCUUUUA